AUGCGACUUGCUGCGGUUCUGUUUGUCCUGGUGCACCUCCUAGCACUAACCUCUGCGGCCAUGACCGGUAUCAUGGGCUCUGCAUACACCCAGGCGACCGAACGACUGCAGCAACUGGCUGCGCAUCUCGCCCCCGACUCGACGAGCCUGAAUCUGAGUCAACUCACCAACCGAACCGCCCGCCUCGUGGACGCCCACAAGCCGCAAAUCGUCCGACUUGCAUCUCAGGCGGGAAAUGCCACGAAAGACUACGUCGUGAAACAUCCGGUCCAGUCUGCGUUUAGCGUCGUGACGUUCUUCUACCCGGUGGGUAUCUUACGGGUGGUGGGGUAUGGACCGUUGGGGCCUUAUGCCCGCUCUAUUGCGGCAUGGUCGCAGACCUACGGGGGCAAUCCGGCCGCCCGAGGUCUGCGCGCGUAUCUUCAGAGCGCGGCAAUGAAUGGCUAUGGAGCGUCUACGGUGUAUAACACGAUUCGGGGUCUGGUUCUGUCCGCUGGCGGGUAUCAAGCAUGGCGGGAGGCUUCUGGAGAAGACGAGAAAAACGACCCGGAGAAGAAUGAUAAGGAAUGA